CGGAGUGCUAGCAAAUGUGCAGUACGUUUACAGACGGCAGAAUAAUUACAGUAGUUUAUCUCGUUGGAAUUUAUCAAGACACGAAAACGUCUUCUUCCCUUUCUCAUAACCCUGAAAUAAUAAAGAUUCUGCCAGAAUGCUGCAGAGUUUCUCCCAGUCACUAGACUGGUUCUACUCAGAGCCUCUCUUGUUUGAUGAUGAAUUCUGCCAGAGCUUGAUGAAGGACCUACAGGCACUCCCCACGCCACCCCAGUCCCCUCCAUUGAAGACUGGACUCCAUGCCAAACCACUUUCCAAGGAGGACCAGUUGAGCUACCUCUCGGACAUACUCUUGGAGGAUCAGGACCCGCAACUAAAUUGGAAUUGUGACUUUUUGUACGAUGGCGGUGCAACAGAGACAAAGGACCAACAGCCAGAUGAGUCCGACGACUGUUUAUGGCAUUGCCUCGGUGAUAAGUCUAUGGAGAAGCUAUCAUCUGUGCUCUCCAGCAGCCCGCUGCUCUCGGACAUAGACACAAGCAUUUUCGAGGAAAUUGCCGGCUCCACAAUGGACUGCCACAGUGCGGCGCUCGCAUGCCAAGCUUUGGAGAAUGAGGAUUUACUAUUGGACAGCCAGGAGCAAGGCAGCGAGUCGACUUCAGACUACGGCUCAGCAGGAGGUGAAUUCUCAACGUAUUCGAGCAGUGCCAGUGAUUCUGAGGAGGAGAUAGACGUGGUGACAGUGAAGAGGACCACCAGCCCCUCCUCCCCCUCCCAGUCGGUAGAAGAGAGCCGGCGGCGGCAGCGCGCCCUAAAGCGGCAACACCUGGAAAUCCAGCUGCAGCACAACUACGCAGCCCCCUGCCCUGCAUCGCCCCUCCACGCAGAGCCCUCGUCCACUUCCUACCACAAGCGCACCCGGUCCUCCGACUCCCACAGACACCACCACAGCUCGUCGGGCCGCUCGUCGCGACACAACCUCAGCAGUCAUCAACACCAGUCUAGCUCUAGGCAGUCGACUGAUGUGGAGGAUGAGGAGGAGAGGAGGCAUACCCACAACGUGAUGGAGAGGCAACGGCGCAACGAGCUGAAGAACUGUUUCCUGCGGCUCAGGGACAACGUGCCUGAGCUGUCCAACAACGACAAGGCCUCCAAGGUGGUCAUCCUGAAGAGGGCGUGCGACAGCAUCCGUGGCCUGGAGUUGGCGGGCCAGAGACUGAGUGACAAGCGAGACAAGCUCCGAGAGAGGCAGGAGCAGCUCAAAGUUAAACUGGAGCAGCUCAGGAGGCAAUGGUGUGACUGACGAGACGAGGCGCAAAACUAAAGCAUUUAGAGAUAGAUGAUUUGAAAAUACUGGUCUUGACUUAAGACUUGAUGCUGCGCACACUCAAUGCAUGGUC